GCAGCGGGGGGUCUCGCCUCUUGCGGAGCGAGCGGCGCUGGCGUUGGCGGCGCCGUCGUCCCCCGUGUCAUGCCUUGUGCUGCUGCGCGUGUCUGUGUAACGCGUGUCGCUGCGCGGGAGGGCAGAUGGAUGUCGUGCCGGAUGCCGCAUCCCUGGCCGCCGAGCUGCGGGACACCCUGGUUCGGUACCACGGCGCCGGAGACAGCGAGUGGCGCGUCGCCAAGAAAACCAAAGACGCAACUGUGUGGCGUAAACCAUCAGAGGAAUUCAGUGGAUACCUCUACAAAGCUCAAGGAGUGGUGGAAGAUGUUGCUAACAGAGUAGUGGAUCACAUUCGCCCUGGACCUUAUAGGCUAGACUGGGACAGCUUAAUGACUACAAUGGACAUCAUGGAAACAUUUGAAGAGAACUGCUGUGUGAUGCGCUACACCACGGCUGGUCAGCUCUGGAACAUCAUAGCACCAAGGGAGUUUGUGGAUUUCUCUUACACUACUAGCUAUGAAGAUGGGCUUCUAACAUGUGGUGUAAGCCUGGACUAUGGAGAGGUGAGACCUAACUUUGUCCGUGGAUUCAAUCACCCUUGCGGUUGGUUCUGCGUCCCUCUUAAGGACUAUCCUAGCCACAGUCUUUUGACAGGCUAUAUUCAAACUGAACUGCGAGGGUUGCUGCCACAAUCUGCAGUAGACACUGCCAUGUCUAGUACCCUGGCCAAUUUCUACUCUGACCUCAAGAAGGCACUGAAAGCAUAGACAAAUAGUGACUUAAAAGCCCACACGUUUCUUGUUUAGGUUAGCAUAGGUUAGCUACUGGGUUAAGAGGUGAAUAACAUUGUUCCUAAAUGAUACCUGAACCUUUAUGUUGAGGGAUUCGAACAAGUUUACCAAGUACUUUUUGAUGUGAUACUUAGCAUACCUUCCUAAUUCACAAUGCAAAAUUCUGUUUCCUGCUCAGCACUCUGCAGCUGGGUGAGGAGCAGGCUGAGCUUAUGAACUCUGGGCUUCCUAGGUAGAAACCACAAGAUGUGGGGUGGGGGCUUGGAAAAUGCAGAAUGAACUCGACUUUCACACACAGUGUUGAGAGUGGAGUGCUGAGGAUUUUGCUGGUGCAGGUUGCUGUACAGGUAGUGUCUCACUGAAGAUGUAAUUUUGUAAUAUAUAUAUUUUUAUAUUUACUUUUUUAAUUUCUUUAGUUUGUACAGGUGCAUCUGUAAUUUAUUUAUAAAAAUUUGCUUUGAUUGAUAGGGAUAUUACUUAGCUUGGUUGUUUAAUGAUAUUAUAUGUAAGAAAGCUAGUUGCUCUUGUUAGCAAAAGUAAGUAUUCAUUUUUGGCAUUUCUUCAGUGUUGUAAUUGUAACUUAAUUAACUGUUGUAUGUAACAGUCUCAGUGCGUAGAUAAAGAAAUGCUCUUACAGCUGAUCCAAAGCUCAGUUAAGUCAUCAGGUGUCUUUCCAUAGUUUUUAGUAGCAUUUUAAUCACACAGGUGCCAAAAUAGCAAACCAAAAUGGAUCUUCUGUGAUACUCUGCUUUUACUUAAAUUUGCAUGUAAUUGUGUGUGUGGUUUUAUUGGUUUGAUUUCUUUUGUCUUCCUCAACUGAAAAUCCUGGAAUUACUAAAACAAUAGAAAGGACCAUGAACUUGCUUCAGGUAUACGCGUUGGUGUAACCACAGCAACACAGAUGACUAGCAUGCUGGUAUAGUGCUCUGGGUGUUCUAUCUUUGCAAUAAAUGAAAUUAGCAUCUUAAAAAUCCAGCAGCUGAAAGCCUAAUCUCAGGUUGCAGAAUUGCUCAGAUCUGCUGGAGGAUGGAGGGUUAAAUUUUUAAGAAUAUUUAGCCACCCAGUAGUGCUGGCAGGUACAUAGCAGGGGCUUUCAAAAGAUUGCUGCCUGUGUUGCUAGGAACCUGAAUUCUCUUUAAAAUCUGACAUUGAGCUUUUAAUGUUUGCAUCAUAUUCUCAGGUGAGAUUGUAAUUAUCCCUAUAGUUUACCAGUGCUAGCAGUGGCAGGGUUAACAGUGUAAUACUUAGGAGCCCUAAUAUUUUGGGGCCAGUUGUAUAAAUACAAUCCAACCACCAGUAAUGAACUCUCAGAAAAAAAAAAUAAAAUUAAAAUUGUUCCCCUGCAAUAUUGGCUCUUCUGACACUGGCCACUGUAGCUGAACUCUGAACAGUGAGGACUUUUCUUUCUCAUUGCUCAAGCGAAGAGGCAGAACAAACAUGACAUCAAAUAUAGUCAUACAUAAAAUACUGUUUAAGACAGUUAAAAACAGUGGCAUUGAGCAGCCUUUGAUGUCAUCAUAGGCAGAAAAUGUCAACCCCCUGUUUGUUUUUGUGUAUUCUGCAAUUCUCUUUAAACUCCUUGGUUCCUUUUCCCAUCUUUUCUAUCUUCCUUGUUUCAUCACCAGUGCGGGAAUUUCACAAGGUGAUGUUUUGUCACCAAGAACUCUAAGGAAUCAGUUUCAGCAGAUACGCUUUUUUGAAAAUGCUAGGGUCCACUCCUUUCUAGUACUGGUACAGAGGCAAGUAUGUAAACCCUAGCAAUACUGCUCUGAGGGAUGAAUGAUGAUAUGAUGAUAGGGGAAGCUGUGUGAAGUAUACCCUAUUUACCCUUCCCAGUUAUAAAGACUACAUGCAUAAUGACUCUGCACGUUUAUGUCUUUUUUAAAAACUGCUAGGACUGACUAAUUAAGAGGUUCUGAUACAGAUGUAUGCAGAGAAAAAUACUCCAUUGCUUUCUAAAAAUCCCACUUCAAACCUGCACAGAGGCACUUCAGUGCUGGAGAAACAGGUCAAAAGGAGCACAAGGCACAGGAUGAUGUUUGUACAGCACUAGACACUGUAGAAAAGAGGUCUGUGUUCCCAACACACAUUAUAAGGGCUCUGACACCUCUAGAAUAUCUGUCCUUACUUUGUGUUCAGUGAAAUGGCUUUUUAUGCUUUCAAUGAGGAUAGGCUGAUGAAGCCCAGAGAACAGCUGAAGAAAUAAAGAACUUGUGUUAAAAUGGAAGAAAAUUGUUACUGUAUUUUAAGUAUGAAGAUGUUUUAAUAAAUUUUUUUCCAUGCAGGUUUCCUUUUUAUCAACAGCUGUUUUCAGUAACAGGCCUAGAAAUGGAAGGAUAAUACAAAUAAGAGUCAAGUUUCUGAAAGCAAAGUUGGCUGCCUAUUUUACCUUACAGUAAUUUAUUCAUUAAUCAGUGAUUAAAUUGGCUUUGUAUGUUCUAACAGAUGUAGUCUAUUGCUUCUGCCUGUUAUUCUGAACAUUGAAGUGAAUAACUUGAAUGAGUAGAGACUACCAGAGACAGAGGGCAGAGGCAGAUUUAUUUAUUUAUUUUAAUCAAGAGAAAAGCUCAGUACAAUCCUUCAGUUUUCAGAUGAGGAGAAAUCACAGAGAGUGCAAACAAAUUUUAAGGAUUUAUUUUGUGGGAUCUCACACUUUUGAAAAUGUUUCUGAUUUAGGAGUGCAGUGAUUGACAAUGUAUGCUGAUUAUGCUGCUGAAGCAAUGCGUAGCUGAUAACCAGUCAUUACAUCAAGCAUCUCAGCCAUAGGGUAGUACAGAACUAGAAGAAAGAUGUCUGGUUUCAUAGUGAGUUGUAUUUAUUUGAAGCCAAAAUUUACUUUCUUUUUACAUAGCUAAGGAUUGAGAAGAAUCUUAGAUGUUGAAGUAGAGCUGUUCUUUAACCAAAAUACAUUCACAACCAAGAAAGCCACAAAAUCAGAUACUUAGACAAUCAGAACCUCUUUUCCCAAUAGUAUUGUUUUCCUCCUAUGUUAAUGGGCAAUCUAGAGGGUAGUCAAGACAGUAAAAUCAGGAAAGCAGUUGAAAGGACAAAGUGCAGGAGCCCAUGUUUUGCUGUUUAGGAGACAGUGGGAGAAGUAAAUCACCUAGUUGUGAUAUUUCUCUUGUCCUCACAGCAGCAGAAUUUCUGCAAGUCUGUGAGUGCCUCCAGUACUUGAUUUUAAGAGUGAUUCAGCUAAACUGGAAUGUAGUUAUGCAAAAACGACUUCUGAAAAAGGUGCUCAAGAAUAGCACAGACCAGUUUUUGCUAGGGAAAUGGUAUGUACAUAGACACAUAAAAUUAUUUUUAUAUUACAAGUAUUUUUUAAAAAAAACUUAUUUUUUCAGGGGUUUAGGCAAUAUGACAGUCUAAUAUUUAGCGUGUUAGAUGCUCUGUGUGUGGAUGGGAAAGGUGGCUAAAGGUAAGACAGUUUUCCCAUUUGGCUUCUGUUCCUCAUCCAAAACCUCCAGCAUUAAACCUUGCCUUGUAAUUGUGCUGCUUAUUUUACAUAUACAGAAGAUAUGAACCAAGUUCAGUUUGGGGGCAGUCUGCUGGGAGGGGGACCAGUAUUACAGAUAGAUCCUCUGGGAACAGCACAAGUUCUGAUCUGAAAUAGUAUGCAUUUAUAAAUGUGAAACAUGAUGAAUUUGUAAAACAUUUUAAAAGUGUUUAAUUCCUCCAGCAAUCCUAAAUAACCAGAAAUGUUUUGAUGGUGUGAGCUUGUGAUUCAACCCAUGAGGUUCACUGCUGUAAAAGUAGCUGCAAUUCUAGUGAAACUAGUAAAGUUGUGCCUAUGUUCAGAAAGUCAGUCUCUCUUAGCAGUGGUUUUAACUGACUGUGUUCAGUAUUUAAGAGAUUGUAUUUAUAUUUUGGAUGCAAUUGCAGAAUAAAUUAAAAAAUUGAUUCAAACAGA